AUGGCAAGACUUCACCUUGCCCACGCGACUGCCCAAGUACCAAACGCCCAUAGACCCAGUGACCAGGUUGUUUCUGAAAAUGACGUCCAACCACAAAUGGAGAAGAAGGCCCGCCGACGAAUGCACCAAACCUUAAUAGCGCUACAGCAAGAGCCGAUGUCCACUUUCCUCAUCGUAACUAACCUGCGAUUUAGCUUGUUGGACGGUGCUCAACCAGACGUCAUACUGACCACUCGUUCCAAGGCCAGCCGACCUACGGCCACAGAUUGA